CGGACACGAUUGGGAACACGGGAAACGAUAUAACGCACGCGAGUUAACCAUACGGCACAAUCUGUCAGAAACACAAAUCUAAGGAAGGCACACUUACACGGAGGCACUUUUUAGUUUAUAUUAACUGAGAAGCCGGACAAGCCAUAAGAGAAUUAAGAUGAAAUUGAAAUUAGUGGUGCCAAUUUGUUUGGCGGUGUUGUUGGCGGUCCAAGGAAAAGAUGACGACGACAAGAAGAAAGACAGUGUAGGAACAGUAAUUGGAAUUGAUCUGGGAACUACUUACUCCUGUGUCGGAGUGUUUAAAAAUGGACGUGUAGAAAUCAUUGCCAACGACCAGGGAAACCGUAUCACACCCUCUUAUGUAGCAUUUACCAGUGAAGGCGAGCGUCUGAUUGGAGAUGCAGCAAAGAAUCAGCUGACCAGCAAUCCUGAAAACACCGUCUUUGAUGUCAAACGUAUGAUUGGUCGUACUUGGGAUGACAAAUCUGUGCAGAGUGACAUCAAAUUUUACCCUUUCAGUGUUGUCAACAAGGCUAAUAAACCCCAUGUUGAUGUUGACACUGGUUCUGAAAGGAAGAAUUUUGCCCCUGAAGAAAUCUCUGCUAUGGUUCUUGGAAAGAUGAAGGAAAUUGCUGAAGGUUUCUUGGGAAAGACUGUCACCAAUGCUGUCAUCACUGUGCCUGCUUACUUCAAUGAUGCUCAGAGACAGGCUACAAAAGAUGCUGGAACAAUCGCUGGACUCAAUGUCAUGAGAAUCAUUAACGAACCAACUGCUGCUGCAAUUGCUUAUGGUCUUGAUAAGAAGGAAGGAGAGAAGAACAUCUUGGUGUUUGAUCUUGGUGGUGGUACUUUUGAUGUCUCUCUUCUGACCAUUGACAACGGUGUAUUUGAGGUCGUAGCAACCAAUGGUGACACCCAUUUGGGAGGAGAAGACUUUGAUCAGCGUGUCAUGGAACAUUUCAUCAAACUUCACAAGAAGAAGAAGGGCAAGGACAUCAGAAAGGACAACCGUGCUGUUCAGAAACUGCGACGUGAGGUGGAGAAGGCUAAGAGAGCACUGUCAUCCCAGCAUCAGACAAGAAUUGAGAUCGAGUCCCUGUUUGAUGGAGAAGACUUUUCUGAGACUCUCACCAGGGCCAAGUUUGAGGAAUUGAACAUGGAUCUUUUCCGAUCAACAAUGAAACCAGUACAGAAAGUUAUGGAAGAUGCUGAUCUCAGAAAGAACGAGAUUGCAGAGAUUGUGCUUGUUGGAGGAUCAACCAGAAUUCCCAAAGUCCAACAACUUGUCAAGGACUACUUUGAUGGAAAGGAGCCAAACCGAGGUGUCAACCCAGAUGAGGCUGUUGCUUAUGGUGCUGCUGUUCAGGCUGGUGUUCUCGGUGGAGAGGAGGAUACAGGAGAUCUGUUGUUGCUCGAUGUCAAUCCCCUUACCAUGGGAAUUGAAACAGUCGGAGGAGUCAUGACCAAGUUGAUCCCACGUAACACUGUCAUCCCGACAAAGAAAUCCCAGAUCUUCUCCACAGCUGCCGACAACCAGCCAACUGUCACCAUUCAGGUAUUUGAAGGUGAGCGACCUAUGACCAAGGACAACCAUUUGCUUGGAAAAUUUGACUUGACCGGAAUCCCACCAGCACCCCGUGGUGUUCCCCAGAUUGAGGUCACGUUCGAGAUUGACGUCAAUGGUAUCCUGAAGGUUACUGCUGAAGACAAGGGCACUGGCAGCAAGAACCAGAUUACAAUUCAGAACGACAACGAACGUUUGUCACCCGAAGACAUUGAACGUAUGAUCAAUGAUGCAGAGAAAUUCGCUGAUGAAGACAAGAAAGUUAAGGAGAAGGUUGAUGCCAAGAAUGAGCUAGAAAGUUAUGCUUAUUCAUUGAAAACACAAAUUGGGGACAAAGAAAAAUUGGGUGGCAAAUUAAGUGAUGAAGAUAAAACAACAAUUGAAGAAGCUGUUGAAGAAAAAAUUAAGUGGUUAGACAGUAAUGCUGAUGCAGAUACUGAAGAGUUUAAAGCACAAAAGAAAGAACUAGAGGAAGUUGUUACACCUAUUAUGAGUAAACUUUAUCAGGGAGCGGGAGGUGCUCCACCACCAGAGGGAGAAGAGGGAGAGGAUCAUGACGAAUUAUAAAAAUUGUGGAAUCUAGAUUUAAAUUAUUUUGUUCAUUUAAGUUGGUUGUUUCUAACAGGUAUCAUUCUAUUAAAUUUUUGAUCGGUUUCUUGGAAUUUGAAACAAUAUUCACUAAUUCACAUUCAAAUGUUUGGUUUAGGACUAUGAGCAAAGGGAAGAAAUUUCACCACUUUUCUGUCUUUAUUUCAAGUUGGAAUAACAAUUACAAAUGUCUCUUUUUUUUUUUUCUUUUUUUUUCAUUAAAGUGCACGUUUCUCAAUCAUUUGACAUUCAUCCAUUUUUAAUGUAAAUCCAUGUCAUUCUAUGUAAAAGAGCAAAGUACCUGGGAUAUGUAUGGAUGCAUGUGAAGUGCUUUUAUUUGAAUGUUGGGGGUAUUCCUGCUAGCUCUGGGAGGACUAGUUUAUAGUGUGAUAUUAUGUUUGUAUGCUUGUGUAUAAAAGUGACUGAUCAUUUGAUGGUAGCACUUGGUUCAGUUCAGAACUUCAUAGCAGCUUGUGUUUUGUUCUCUCUUUUAAGAUAUUUCCCCAAAAAUGUUCCUUCUGUUCAUUUUUAGUAUCAUGUUAAGGAAUUUCAAUAUAUGUUAAGGAAACACUUGAGAAUUUUGACACUUGUUUUUGUUAAUUCAUUUAGUUCGAAAUUGGACCAUAUCAUUUCAUGAUGUACAACUUUAAUACUUUGGUGAUGCAAGUAUAAGUGAAUUAUAUUUAUGUGAGAGAAUACAGUGGACUUUGUUUGGAAAACACUGAAACUGCCAUCCUACCUUCAAAGAUGUAGACAAGUUAUAAUAUUUGGAGGAUGGUUGGUUAGUGUGAAAGCUUUCCUGAAAAUUUGAUCUUUAAUGCUUGGAUUUUUCAGUAUACAUGUAGUAUCUUUUAUUUGAAUGCUGAAAAUGAAGAGAAAAUAUCCAUAUAAAGAAUUUUAUGGUAAGCUUCUGACCAGUUCUAACCAAGCAAUGUUUCUGACAUUUUGAUAGUAAUUGUGAGAUAUGAAUGGCAUUGAGUGUAUUGUGAAAAUGAGUUAACUGCUGAGUUUGGAAUGAGUGUAUGUAUGAUUUGUACAUAAUGUGGAUGUGUAUGACUGAAUAAAAAAAUGAUUUUUGUAAAGAAA